UCUCAGAAUGCAGUCUUUACUCAGAUAUGUGGACUGGGUCUCUGCUGGCCUAGCACUGCUGGUGCUCCUGCUCUCCCUGCUCCUGUUGGAGAUAUUCAGGUUGGACUCCUCCAGGAGUCGCACUCCUCCAGGACCCACCCCACUGCCCUUUGUGGGAAAUGUGAUCCAGGCCACGAGGGACCCGAUGACCUGCUUCAGAUCGCUGAACCAAUAUGGAAACAUGAGUACCGUGUACUUGGGCAGAAAGCCAAUCAUUGUGCUGAACAGCAUAGAGGUCAUGAAGGAAGCAUACAUUCACAAAGGCAAUGUGUUUUCCGGAAGGCCGUUCAUGCCUUUAAUGGAUUGGCUCACCCACGGGUACGGUAUCUUGAUGGUCACGUACGGGAAAGUGUGGAAAGAGCAGCGACGCUUUGUGCUGCACACGCUGCGCAAUUUCGGUCUGGGGAAGAAGUCUGUGGAGGAGCGUGUGAAAGAGGAAGCACAAUACCUCGUCCAAGAGCUCCAGCAGCACGAGGGGAACCCUUUUUACCCCAUCCACCCCAUUAUGAACGCUGUUUCCAACAUCAUCUGCUCCAUCGUAUUUGGAGACCGUUUUGACUACAACAACAAGCGCUUUGCUCAGCUGCUGGAACUCCUGAAUGAAAACAUUCGACUUGCUGGUGAACCUGCAGCACAGAUCUUCAACCUGUUCCCCUUCAUAAAACACUUCCCAGGGCCACACCAGAAGAUCCACCGCAAUGCCAGUGCCUUAAUAGAGUUCGUCCAGGAGUCCGUGGUGGAGCACAGGAACACUCUGGAUCCAGAAAAUCUGCGGGACUUCAUCGAUGCCUACCUGGUGGAAAUGAACAAGCACAAAUCUACGGAUAACGCCACGUUCCAUGAGGAGAACUUGAUUAUGACCACAUUAGACCUCUUCUUUGCUGGUACUGACACUACGGCGACCACUCUCCGCUGGGGUCUCAUUUUCAUGAUGGACAACCCCAACGUCCAAGAGCGCUGUCAUGAGGAGAUCGUUCGUGUGCUGGGCUAUGACCGUGCUCCCAGCAUGGACGACCGUUCACGUCUCCCGUACACCUACGCCACCGUCCAUGAGAUCCAGCGCCUUGGCAACAUUGUGCCCCUCGGCGUGGUGCACGAGACAACGCAGCCCACCCAGCUACGGGGAUACAACAUUGCCAAGGGAACAAUGAUCAUGACUAACCUCACUGCAGUCUUCACUGACAAAGAGUACUGGAAGCACCCAGAAACAUUCAACCCAGAGAACUUUCUGGAUGAGGAAGGGCAGUUCUGCAAACAAGAACACUUCAUCCCAUUUUCUCUGGGUCCGAGGGUGUGUCUCGGUGAAUCUCUGGCGAGGACAGAGCUCUUCCUCUUCUUCACCUCUCUGAUUCAGCACCUGCAGUUCUCCUGGCCCCCAGGAGUUCCACGUCCCAACAUGGACGGCAACAUGGGUAUGAUCCGUACUCCGUACCCGUUCAACACCUGCUGUCGCAGUAGGGUGCCGACCCACUGAGCCCUCACGUGGACGACACCGUCUCUGGACUGCAACCCUGUGCCUCAUGCAAACACACACACACUCUUCCAUUACACCACAGGCAUAGUUUUGAUGUGUCCAUGGAGAUAGUUCUGAUGUGGGACACCUACCUCUGCAGUGAGUACAAAAGGUGCAUUUCUGGCUCUGUGAGUGUGUGUAAAGGUGAAUUACCAGGAAUGUGUACAAUGUGCGG